GUGUGGGACGCUGGCUGCGCAGUGUCUCUGUCCUGCGCUCCGGUGUUGCUGUCACAGUCCGUCCCUUCCCGGAGCCCGGGGACAGACUGGGCGCGCGCCCGUGUGGGAGUGGGACUCAGGGCAGAGGCUGAGUGCCGUGCGGGCUGGUCCCCCGGUCCCUGAAUAACCGCUUUCUGCCCCUUCUCGCCACCCCCGCCCAAGGUCGCCCCUGUCCCGGGAGGGUGGGAAGCCGCGUCCCCGCCCUGCCUGCGGGUGUCUCCGCAGCCGUAGCCGCACCUGCCUCAAUAUGAAUGGGGUCAACGACCCGCCUCUUUUUAUAAAAGAUAUUAAGCCCGGACUGAAAAACUUAAAUGUCGUCUUUAUUGUGCUGGAGAUAGGACGCGUGACCAAAACCAAAGACGGCCAUGAAGUGAGAUCGUGCAAAGUAGCAGAUAAAACGGGCAGCAUCACUAUUUCCGUGUGGGAUGAGAUCGGAGGUCUCAUACAGCCAGGGGAUAUAAUUCGGUUGACCAGAGGGUAUGCAUCCAUGUGGAAAGGAUGUCUAACACUGUAUACUGGAAGGGGCGGUGAACUUCAAAAAAUUGGGGAGUUUUGUAUGGUUUACUCAGAAGUGCCAAAUUUCAGUGAACCCAAUCCAGAUUAUCGAGGACAGCAGAACAAAGGGGCACACAGUGAACAGAAGAAUAAUUCCAUGAAUAGUAAUAUGGGUACAGGUACAUUUGGACCAGUGGGAAAUGGUAUUCAACCUGGCCCUGAGUCACGGGGAUACCAGUUUUCAUAUGCUGGUAGAAGCAAUGGCCGGGGACCUAUAAAUCCACAGCUGCCAGGAACAGCCAAUAACCAAACAGUCAUGACCACAAUAAGUAAUGGCAGGGACCCUCGGAGAGCCUUUAAAAGAUGACCUAUGCCAAAUAUUCGCAUGUAGUUCUUAAGCUACAUGUUCUACUUGAACACUUACUGCACUUUUAUUUAUUGUUAACUGUGAAAACUGUGUACUUUUUUGGUUUCCUUUUCCAUUUUCAGUUUGUUAAGAAGAGGGAUUUGUUUUUAUAGCAAAACCUGUUAAGCUGCUCAAGUCUUCUGUUGAAGAAUGGGAACAUUCUGAAAAGUAGGGGCAUUUAUUUUUAGAACAAAAACGUUGGCUAUCCUCUAAAAAACCACCCAUUUCAUGGGUGAGUUACUUAAGACAUCAGCUUUAUAGCCUCUAUGAGUCUGUCUAUCUGUAUAAAUUUUGUAAUAUUAACAUAAGGCUUAGUGGAAGAUAUUCUUUUGUCUCACAUUCAGAUAAUUGCCAACUAAAGCAAUAACUACCAAAAAAAAAAAAGAAAGAAAAAUACCACAUCAAAAAGACAAAAUCCCACACAAACCUGGUUAAUGCAGUGUUUUGAAUAUUUGUGACUUCAGGAAUAAUUGACUUCUUCAUUGAGUGACUAGUACUAAAAUGUUUCCAAGGAUUGAAUCAUCCUAAAUUCUUGUUUUACCAAAAAAUCAUAUUCUUUAUCAGAAUUACGGGGUAGGAUGUGAUCUGUACAGUAACAAGUAAUUUUUAGAAGAAUGCUACUUUUCCUUAAAUUAGGGUAGUGCUCUUAACAUUUGUUACCAAACUUGAAGGGAAAUUUAAAACUGAAUCCUUGAAUAUUUAUAUUUUGAAACUACCGUGUUAAAGAUUAAAGUACAAUUUGAAGGAGUUACAAAGUCAUAACAAAUGUUGAUCUAAUUAUUUUAAAAGUAAUUGUAGUGGCCAUCACAGUAAAAGUUACUCAAGUUGAAUUCAUGUGGUAAUAUACAGUCUUAAGUUACAGAUCCUAGACACUGAAGAGAUACUGAGCCACAGCGGAGUAUCUAGGCACUUUAUUUGAGAGGGGUGUGUGUGUGUGUGUGGGUAUGUGUGUAUGUGUGUGGUCAGAGUUUCUAACCACAAUUCACAUAGCCUUAUUAGAAAAAGUUAAUGACUCUCAAAGAAGCAAUUACAGCCUUAUUCAGAAAUGUAAAGAAGGAGUUUAUUUAUGUGCUAUAAAUGGUACCCAUUUCUACUUUUUACUUUUUGUAGGAGUGGAUAACUGGUAAAUUUUUCCUUUGUUAGAAUUAAAUUCAUCUUGAAUAUUAUCUCUUGAAUAAAAACUGCAUUACUGUUAACAGACCUA